UUGCUCGCAUUUAUUCAUAAUAUUCCAUUAGAGUCUCAGUCGAAGCAAUGAAUAAUGAAUAUCUAUCAGAUCUUAAUUGUUUGGCUAUUGGUGGUUAUCCGAUUGGAUUUGGAAAAUGGGGAACGGGGCACCUUUACCCGGAAUAGCGAUGAUCAAUUUCAGAUGCUAAUCGCAGGUGGCGUAGUGCCCGAUAACGGCAAAUUUGUACGCAAUAUUGUCUCAAUACGCACAUUGCAUUACAUACAAUUCUAUGGCGAUAAUCACUUCUGCACCGGGGUCAUUCUAAGCAGUCAGACCGUCUUAACUGCAGCUCACUGUGUGACAGACCGUCAUAAAUCCAUUAUGAAUCCACGCGGUUUACUGGUCGUCUUUGGGGCUGUGGGACGCUUGGAUAAAUAUGGCAAGGACGACAGUCGACGCAUCACACAGAUUGCUGUGCAUCCAAGAUAUCAGCGUUAUUUGAAAUACGAUGUGGCUCUAUUGCGCUUGGCGGAUCGUAUUCCGGGCAAUACGCGACACGUAAAGCCGAUAAUGACACGAAAGUGGGCCAGCUUCUACGUGGGCAUGUUAUGCAUCACCAUGGGCUGGGGUCAGCUCUAUCCGCAUGGUCCAUAUGCCAAUGAAUUGAUGUAUCUGGAAGUGGCAGUGCGCGAUCACGAUUUCUGCAACGGAAUGGAAAAUUAUGAUAGCGAAAGUAGCAUAUGCGCCGAGCCGAAGGAUGAGGGGCAAGUUUGUCCCGGUGAUUUGGGUUCGCCAAUUAUUUGCUCCACUUAUUUCACGGGCAUUAUCGGUGGGGCACAGAAAUGUGAAGGCAUCAAAGCGUUGAAGUUUGUCAAUUAUUCCAAAGUUGAGGCUUGGGUUGAUAAAACCGUUAGAAUGUUCUCGGGCAGUAGCAAUACGUGGUUAUCUUUUUACCUAUUGCUAUUUACGCUAUAUGCAUUGAGAGUUACUUAGUUUAUCGUAUCCAAGUCUCUGAGCACUUCAAGUGGUGCACUUUUGCCGUUUUUAUGAAAU